AUGGCGGCGGCCGGCGGCGGGCAGGCAGUAGAAAAACAGCUGAAGAUCUGUGGCUUUAAGCGGAAUAUCGAUGUCUUAGUAUUGUAUCUGGCUGGACAAGGACUAAGAAGUAUUCCAAGUCUAUCACGCUUUCAUAGGUUGAGGUACUUGUGGAUUAACAACAAUAAGAUCCAAGAUUUAACUUUCUUGAAGAAAAACUACUGCUUGACUGAACUAUAUCUCAAUGACAAUGAGAUCACAGAUAUAUCAGGUGCUCUGAAACACUUGUGUGCACUACAGAUUCUGUUGCUUCAUAACAACCAGUUAAAACAACUUGGCAAAACAGUGAAGGAAUUAAAAGGAAUAAUAAGCCUGCAGACCCUAAACUUAUUCCAUAACCCUCUCGCACAUGAUCCAGACUACCGCCUUUACGUGAUACACUUCCUUCCUUCAGUACAGCUGCUUGACAGGAAAUCAGUUACACAAAGAGAAAGGGAGUCAGCAUUUCAUCUUUAUAGCUGUGAGCUGUCUUGUGUUAUGGAGUCAAUAGCUUUUGGAAAGAGAGUAAAUACACCGCUGGGGACCGCCAUGGGAGGCAGCAGAGGUGCUCAACCAGCCAGAAGACUGAUGAUGGCCCCAGAUUGUGAAUUUGGAAAUCACACAAAUAAAGUUCCAUUUGAGAACCCUGAAGAUGCUGUUUUACUACGGGCAAUGACAAGAUCUGUAAUGGUAUUUUCCUCUCUUGACUGGAACAAAGUAUCCACCUGUCGAGAAAGACGUCUUGAAAACAAAGCAGAAGAUUCCCCUGAGAAGCUGACAAUCCAAUUCAGAUGA